UGACGGAGGGAGAGUCUUGUGGCUGGACCAUCUGUGCGCUGCUUCGGCUGUUCCUUAACGCGCAUCUAAUGUUUCUCUUCCAUUUGGAAAGAUAGUAGGAAUAGAUCACGCUUGUGAAUAUUGCAUGCCAGGAGCGGAGGACCCUGUCGCCGGUCAACGGCAGCAAACAAAAUAUAUAUAUUUUUUUCUCAUGAUACAUUAAUUAAUCAGAGGCAUGUGGAAUUGUAUAAGGAUUACGAAUUGCUUUUCAAUGGUGUGUCUGCUAUUGACGUUAUGGACUAAGGUGUCCCACUCCUCGGGCUAUUUUGAGCUGCAGCUGAUUACCGUACAGAAUGUAAACGGUGAGUUGUCGGACGGGGAAUGCUGCGAUGGCAAUAGGAACUCACAGGAUCGCCGCUGCCGGGACGAGUGCGAUACGUACUUUAAAGUAUGUUUAAAGGAAUAUCAAUCCGAGGUCACGACCACUGGCUUGUGCACUUACGGAACUGGAUCUACUAACGUUCUUGGUGGAAAUACUUUUCAUUUUAAGAAUAUCAAAAACAAUCAAAACAAACUCAACGGUGCUGGCAAGAUAACAAUUCCUUUCCAAUUCGCUUGGCCGCGGUCGUACACCCUCAUCGUGGAGGCCUGGGACUGGGACAAUGACACCCGCAGCAACGAGGACCUGCUGAUUGAGCGGAGCAUCCACAAGGGAGUGAUCAACCCGGGGGACGAGGGCCACACCCUCCAGCACAACGGCCCCACGGCCAGCUUCAACUACACCAUCCGCGUCAAGUGCGACGAGAACUACUAUGGCCCCAAGUGCAACAAGCAGUGCCGCCCACGCGACGACUACUUCGGCCACUACGUGUGCGACCAGUUCGGCAACCGAAGCUGCAUGGAGGGCUGGAUGGGCGAUGACUGCAAAAUAGCGAUCUGCAAGCAAGGCUGCAGCCUGCUGCAUGGGGGCUGCGACGUGCCUGGUGGAUGCAGGUGUAACUACGGGUGGCAGGGGCAGUUCUGCGACGAGUGCAUCCCGUACCCCGGCUGCGUCCACGGGACCUGCACCAAGGCCUGGGAGUGCACCUGCGAGAAGAACUGGGGCGGCCUGCUGUGUGACAAAGAUCUGAACUACUGCGGGACGCACCACCCCUGUGUGAACGGAGGGACCUGCAUGAACACGGAGCCGGACGAGUACAACUGCGCCUGUCCUGACGGGUACUCGGGAAAGAACUGUGAGAUCGCCGAGCACGCCUGUGUGUCCAACCCUUGUGCCAACGGGGGCACCUGCCACGAGAUCCCGUCAGGAUUCGAGUGUCAGUGCCCGCCGGGCUGGGGGGGAGCCACUUGUGCCAAAGACACAGACGAGUGUGCCUCCAACCCCUGCGCCCAGGGCGGGACCUGCAUCGACCGGGAGAACGGCUUCGAGUGCGUCUGCCCCCCGCAGUGGGCCGGGAAGACCUGCCAGAUAGAUGCUAAUGAGUGUUUGGGGAAGCCUUGCUUUAAUGCUUACUCUUGCAAAAACUUAAUCGGUGGAUAUCAUUGUGACUGCUUUCGAGGAUGGGCUGGACAGAACUGUGACAUCAAUGUCAAUGGCUGCCACGGACAGUGUCUGAAUGGAGCGACAUGCAAGGAGGGGCCUCGAGGAUAUCACUGCCUCUGCCCGUCGGGGUUUGUGGGCAAACACUGCGAGAUGCAGCGGAACAAGUGCGCCAGCAGCCCGUGCCGGAACGGCGGCCGCUGCCACGUGGUGCUGGACAGCUUCGUGUGCGAGUGCGUCGAAGGCUUCUCCGGGUCCCUGUGUGAGGUGAAGAGUAAUCCCUGCAGCCCCAACCCCUGUCAGAAUAAGGCCCAGUGCCACAGCUUUAUGGAUGACUACUACUGCGCCUGUCCUGAGGACUAUGAGGGGAAGAACUGCUCCGACCUCAAGGACCACUGCAAGACCACCCCCUGUGAAGUGAUUGACAGCUGCACAAUUGCCGUGGCGACGAAUGCCACAGAGGAGGGGGUGCGGCACAUCUCGUCCAACGUGUGUGGCCCUCACGGGCGCUGCAUCAGCCAGCCCGCCGGCAAUUUCACCUGCGCCUGCGAGCUGGGCUUCACCGGGACCUACUGCCACGAGAACAUCAACGACUGCAUCUCUAACCCCUGCAAGAACGGGGGUACCUGCAUCGACGGGGUCAACUCCUUUCAGUGCUUCUGCCCUGACGGGUGGGAGGGCAGCCUCUGUGGCCUCAAUGUGAAUGAGUGCAGCCGCAACCCCUGCAAGAACAGCGGCCGCUGCGUGGACCUGGUGAACGACUUCUACUGCGAGUGCACGGACAACUGGAAGGGGAAGACCUGCCACUCGCGUGAGAGCCAGUGUGAUGCCAGUACCUGCAGUAAUGGGGGGACCUGCUACGACCAUGGAGACACCUUCCGCUGCGCCUGUCCCCCGGGGUGGGGCGGCAGCACCUGUAACACAGCGAAGAACAGCACGUGUGCGUCCGGCCCCUGCGAGAACGGCGGGACCUGCGUGGGAGGGGGCGACGCCUUCACCUGCAUCUGCAAGGACGGCUGGGAGGGGCCCACCUGCACGCAGAACACUAAUGACUGCAACCCUCACCCCUGCUACAAUGGUGGCAUCUGCGUGGAUGGUAUCAACUGGUUCCGAUGUGAGUGCGCCCCUGGGUUCGCUGGCCCGGACUGCCGAAUCAACAUCGACGAGUGCCAGUCCUCUCCCUGCGCGUACGGCGCCACCUGCAUAGACCAGAUUAACGGGGUCCGCUGCGUGUGUCCCCUGGGUCGAGCCGGGCCUCGCUGCGAAGAGUUCAUAGGCAUUGGGAAGGCGUGCCGCUUCACUGGGCUGCAGUUUCCACACGGCAGCCGAUGGGAGGAGGAGUGCAACACCUGCCAGUGCAUCAACGGCAACGUGCAGUGCACCAAGGUAAUGUGUGGGCGGCGACCAUGCCUUCUGCAGAGAAAACUGGGACAAGAGCGCCACCACUGCCCCGCUGGCCAAGAGUGUCAGGAGCACAACUUCCUGACCUGCUUCUCACCCCCCUGCCACCAGUGGGGCAUUUGCUCCUCGGCCGACCCCCCACCCCCCAUUAACACCAAGUGUGAACCCAACACCGGCUACCUGGACAAUAGCUGUGCCAGGAUCACGCUCAUCUUCAACAGGGACAAGGUACCACUGGGAACAACAGUGGAGAACAUCUGCACAGAGCUGAGGUACUUGCCUGCCACUCGAACCCUGGCCAAAGAUCGCUCCUUGCUCGUGCUGUGUGACCUCUCCUACUCCAAUCACGAUGCAGUAGAGGUGGCCAUAUCCUUCGAGCAGGAUGAGCAGGAUCACAGCCUGAUCCAGGAGGCUGCCAGCACCAUCAUCAACACCCUGUCUAAGCGGCACAACAGCACCGUCAUGCUGGCUGUCAUCGAGGUCAAGGUGGAGACACAGGUCAUGCCCAAAUCAGUCGAUUACUUGGUGCCAGUGCUGUGCGUGGUCUUCAGCGUGCUCUGGAUCUUCUGCAUCGUCAUCUGCAUCUGGUGGACGCGCAAGCGGAGAAAAGAGCGGGAAAGAAGCCGGGCACCGGUGGAGGACAGCGUCAACAAUCAGUGGGAGCCGCUGAAGCCCAGCCGCCAGCAGCACAAGGACAACAGAGACAUUCAGUAUGAAUGCAAGAAGCUCAUGUCCCCCUCCAACAGGACUUGUGACGGGGGGGAGGAGGAGGAGGAGGAGGAGGAGCUGGAGCUGGUGGAGGGGAUGGAGGUGGACAAGUGCCCCUCCCACAAGUACUCAAAGGGCGCGGUGCAGGCCAAAGACGAGGUCAUUUGCACGACGCGCAGCACCCCGCUCAAAAAGCCCCACCGGACGGCCCACAGCCCAAAGGACAACCGCUGUAAAAAUGUCAAUGCUGCCAACGUCAGCCAGGAAAUCAAAGACCACUACGUAUGAACAGAGAAG